AUGGGAGUUCUGUUUCAAAUAUUGGCGACUGUUUUAUUAUGUUUUUCCUGCAUGAAUAUGGGUCUUAUUUAUACCUGGCCAUCAUCUACGAUCCUCCUGUUCAAGUCAGAGAACACAACUUUACACCGACCCAUGGAAGGAGUGGAGACUGCUCUGUUCGGCAGUCUGCCGGCUAUCGGUUCUUUGAUCAUUCAUCCAGUGGCUGGGAUAGCCUUGGAUAAGUUUGGACGGAAACGUACUGCGUUACUUACCUCAUUGGUUUUUGUUAUGUCCUGGUCAAUAAUUGCGGUAUCCAACAAAGUGGAAGCCAUCCUUGUAGCAGCGUUUCUUUCUGGAUUUGGCUAUGCAAUUUUUAUGGAAGUUACAAUAUACAUCAGUGAAAUUGCCCAGGAUUCCAUAAGGGGAGUUUUGACUUCUUGUCCGAACCAGUUCAGCGGUUUUGGAAUCCUGAUCUCAUAUUUUCUUGGAGGUUCUCUAGGGUACUACGCAAUGGUGUACACUUGUCUCUCUUUGACAGUGAUUGGAGUUCUCAUGAUAGCAGUUUUGAAGGAGUCUCCCAUUACUCUUCUGGGUGAAGGGAGAGAUGAAGAAGCAGCAAAUUCUUUAGCUUUUUACCGAAGUUCAAACCGAACGUCCAAAGAAAUAGUAACAGAGUUGAAUAACAUAAGACGUACGCUCAAAUCUAAUUCUGAAGAGGCGUACUCUCUAACGCAAGGAGGCGUGGAUGAAGGUGGACCGGAGUUGGAACCUUCGAAAAUUUCCUGUUGGCAACAUUUUAAAACCACACCCUCAACUCGUCGUCAAUUCAGCCUGGUCAUGGUACUACACACCGUCUUCGUAUGCCAGGGCUUUCCAAUAGUACAAGUGUACGCUGAACCUAUGUUCACCGAAGCAGUGGGAGACACCCUGUCUCCGAACCUGUGCAGCAUCAUCUUGGGGCUGGUGGUGUUGCUUGCUGGGAUGAUAUCGGCGUAUUUAACUGAUGUGGUUGGAAGGCGGCCUCUCGAACUAUCAUCAUCUAUAGUGACUGGUAUCUGCUGCCUGGUACUAGGGACGCAGAUAGUGACAGAGUGUUUACCGAAGUGGACGGUACCGCUGCUAAUAUACGUGUUUGCGACGUCUCACACUCUUGGCACGGGAACCGUACCGUUUGUGGUGUCAGCUGAAGUAUUUUUACCUGAGGUAAAAAGCAUCUUAAUGAUGAUAGCAACAGAGUGGUCAUGGAUUUGCAACUUUUGUUUCCUUUUCCUCUUUGAUAUCCUAGUACAAUCUGCCGGAUUAGCACCUAUGUUUUACUUCUUUUCUUUUGUCUGCUUUGUCAGUUCUGUGUACUUCUUUUACUUUCUGCCUGAGACUAAAGGAUUACCAGUGUACGCCAUUCAGGCGCUGUUUAUGAAAGAAGAAGAGUUAAAAAUGAAGCACUAA